AGGAGUGUGAGGAGGAGGCUGUCUGUGUCAUUAUGUGCGCGUCGGUCAAGUCUAACAUCCGGGGUCCUGCCCUCAUCCCAAGAAUGAAGACCAAGCACCGCCUCUACUACAUCUCCCUCUUCUCCAUUGUGCUUCUGGGCCUCAUCGCCACGGGCAUGUUUCAGUUCUGGCCCCAUUCCAUCGAGUCCUCGAAUGACUGGAACGUGGAGAAGCGCAGUGUGCGUGAUGUGCCGGUGGUCAGACUGCCCGCUGACAGUCCCUUCCGCGAGCGGGGGUGGGGAGGGGAUCUCAGCUGCAGGAUGCACACGUGUUUUGAUGUCUACCGCUGCGACUUCAGCCCAGAGAACAAAAUGCAGGUGUACAUCUACUCUCUAAAAAAGUAUGUGGAUGACUUUGGAGUCCUGGUCAGCAACACCAUCUCCCGGGAGUAUAAUGAGCUACUUACGGCCAUAUCGGACAGUGACUACUACACUGACAACAUCGGCCGGGCCUGCCUGUUUGUUCCCUCGAUUGAUGUGCUUAACCAGAACACACUCCGCAUCGAGGAGACAGCGCAAGCACUGGCCCAGCUCUCUAGGUGGGAUCGGGGUUCAAAUCACCUGCUGUUCAACAUGUUGCCUGGAGGUCCCCCAGAUUACAGCACGGCCUUGGAUGUUCCCAGAGACAGGACCCUGUUGGCUGGUGGUGACUUUUCUAUGUGGACUUACCGACAGGGCUAUGAUGUCAGCAUUCCCGUCUACAGCCCCCUGUUGGCCGAGGUGGAGCUCCCAGAUAAAGGACUAAGUCCAUGGUGACACUUCCUCCUGUCCUCUCAGACGGUUCUCCGUCCUGAGUACAGAGAGGAUCUAGAAGCCCUCCAGACCAAACAUGGCGAGUCGAUGUUAGUACUGGAUAAAUGCACCAACCUUUCAGAGGGUGUCCUUUCUGUCUGCAAGCGUUGCCAUAAAUACCAGAUCUUCAGUUACCCCCAAGUGCUACAGAAGUGGGGCAGCGUGAGCAGCCCACUCUUCCUCCUGCUGAUCCCACCGCAGUCUCAGGGGUUCACCGCCAUCGUCCUCACCUGUGACCGCGUGGAGAGUCUCUUCCGGGUUGUCACUGAGGUGUCCAAGGUGCCCAGCCUAUCCAAGCUGCCAGUCGUCUGGAAUAAUCAGCAUAAGAGCCCUCCAGAAGAUUCUCUCUGGCCCCAAAUCCAGGUUCCACUGAAAGAUGGGAGGACAGCUGAAAACAAAUUGAAUAACCGUUUCUUCCCUUACGACGAAAUUGAAGCUGAGGCUGUUCUGGCCAUCGAUGAUGACAUCAUCAUGCUGACCUCCGAUGAGCUGCAAUUUGGCUGUGAGACCCUCCUCCUCCAGAUGGAUCCCCUAACAUUACGUCUUCCAGCCACAAUUCAGUAAAGGUCAAGUUCAGUGGAUUUGAAGCCAACCACGGACCCAUCAAAGCCUACGCUGUCAUUCUCACCACUG